AGUUCCUCAAUCAGUUGUGUGCGCGUCCGGAUACAGCUAUUGCCCUCUCUGUCUUUCUCACACGCACACACAUUCUGUCACAGUAACUGACUCGGUGGGAAUCUGAUCCGUGUGUGCACUGGCUCUCCUGCUCACUGUUGACUUUUGACUUAUUGCGAAGACCCAAGAGCUCUGUGCUGUCUCAUUCAGUCCAUUACUGGGAUGUGCGUAGCUCGCUGCUCCCAUUGUGUAGGCGUGUCCCUGGUUCCCUUGGCGAUACUCUCCAUGGCGGCGAAUGCCCUGUUGCUGUUCCCAAACCUGGAGACUCGUUUCCUGUUGGAAGGUCAUGUGACCCGAGAGGCUACAUGGGGCACAGGCCUCUGGGCAUCUGGUUUUCUGGUGCUCAUGGUGUCCCGAGGGUUCGUGUCCGGUAGCUCAAAGACAGGCUGCUGUGCGUUCAAGGCAGAGAUGCUGUGCCAGGUGGGCUACUCGUUUGUGGCAUUAGUAGCUGCUGGGAUCUGCUUCCUAGUGAGCAGCACAGGACUGUCGGUGGGGCCCCUCUGUCUGCACAACAGUACACAGGGACUCAACUGGGAGGUGCCCCUGGAAAAGCAGUUUAUCAGGGACAGACACUACCUGUUUGAGAGGGAACGGUGGGCGUUGGCCUGUGUGGAGCCGCAGGGGGUGGUCCUGUGGAACGUGGUGCUCUUUUCCCUUCUCAUGGCAACCAGCGGGAUCCAAGUGCUGCUUUGUGCUGCCCACACUUUAAAUGCACUGUUGGGCAUUCUCUGUGGACCCGGGUUCCGCAAUAACAAGGUUGGCCCAGCAUGAAGACUUCAAAAGAACAGGAUGUGAACAUCCUCAAGCAACAAGUGAUCCUGAAUUCUGUCACGAUGGUGAUCAAGAUGUCAUAUUUGUGUCAUAUAGAUGUCAUUAUUUUCUAGUCAAAAGCAGGCAGUGUGUUUGUAUUCAAAACAGAACUCUUUCUAAUGCUAAUUGUAAUUACUGUUGAGCAGAGAAAAUGACUUCUAUUUAAGCUAGAGAAAACUCUCCUCCCUUUCAUUACCAUCAUCACAUUUUCUGAUGGUAAUGACAAUUAUACCAUAAAAUAAAGCAUAGAGUGAUUUAUUUUUAUGGAUCUCGGAGCACUUUUCAAUGCGGGUGCGGGGUAUCCCCUCAUGCGCAAGAGGCAUGGAGGCCAUUUUGAACCAGAUCACACACAAUCCUUUGAAGUGCAAAUAUAGAGAGUUUAUUUAGACUUGGAUGUUAGAUGGCCAGUUCGAUAAAGGCAGAAUGUUACACUUGGCCCGUGCUUACCCUGAGUUUGAGUAGAACAGAGAAUCACGACCCCUCGUGGCCUACCUUCACUGCUUUUUGUUAAAUACACCCCUUUAAAUAGUUAGCGCUGAGAUAUUUGUGGAAGCCCAAACAGGCAUGCCCUGCGAUGAAAAAAAAACAAUGAAAGUGGCAGAUCUCCCUUUUCAAAGAUUGCUCUGCCCUGAAGACCACAGGAAAGUAGAAGAAGAUCGGUGGAUACAUUCACAAGAGCAAAAGACCAGAGAUGAGAAACAAGGACAAGCUACAUGAAGUGGACUGCAGGGAGAGCCCUCGUGGAAACGGGCAAAAAAGUCAGCAAAGAGGAACAGUGCCUGGCACUGGUGAUGUGUUUUUAAAUGCGGGAGCAUGGUGAGCCAGUAUACCUCUGAGUCCAACAGCAUAACCGAGGGACUGUAGAGCACAGGCAGACUUGCUCCCAGAUACUGCCUGGACUCGGGGCCAUUUUCUUCUGGAGUUUUCCUUUCUUUUCACUUUUUGUCGCAUUUAGAAACCUGGUGAAAUCCAGUAGAAACAUGAUAUCACCCUACAUUUUUAUUUGGUAUAACUAGAAAACAAAAGGCCAGAGAUUAUUUAAACUGGAAUUGUAUUUUUAAAGCAGGGGGGUAUUUAAACAGGCACGAGAAUAAUGCACUAGUUAGCGAAAUUCACAGUGGUAGUAGCCAAAUAUGCUCAACUGUCUUAACUGUGAUGUUCUAUAUUUUCUGUUGUAUAUGUUCUAUAACUUCAACCUUGUUAUUAUGCUACCUCUCAUGGAAUUCCACCUGCAUUCGCUGUAAUUUAUUCUGCUAUUACUGGAUAUAAAAAUAAAUUGCUAUUUAUUUUUA